AAGUCACAACUUAUCCGGCAGUCGAUUGGCGAACAAUCGCACGGUAUCAUUUGAGUGACGAAAAGUUGAAGAAAAAAACAGUAUAUCGCAACAAAGAGGAAGACCGUGAAUAAUAUGGUUUCUUUACGCGGCACAUUGCCGUUGUGCAUGGCGCUGCUUUUCUGCGUGGCGAUCGCAUCGUGCAGAGAAAUCAGGGACCGUCGUGACCUUGAAGUAGCCGAGUCCAAACACCACUUCGAAAAAGGUGGCGGCGAGGAACAUCAUUCCGAUCAUUAUUCGAAACACGGAGACAAAGGAGAUAAGGGUUACAAGGGGCAUCACGGUCACGAGAAGGGCUCUAAGGGACACCACGACAAAGAAGGACACUCAGGUCACUACAGCGACCACGGUGGUCACAAAAAAAGUCAUCAUCACGACGACGGAUAUCAUGGCGAACACCACAAGGGUGAGAAGGGAGAGAAGGGUCACAAAUACGGAGAAAAGGGAAGCUACGGUAAGGGUCACUCCACCAAGGGUCAUCACGAGGUGAAAAAACUAGACGAGUACAAGAAGGACAAGGAAUUCCAUGACGAACAUCACGACUCUGGUCAUCACGAAAAACACGGAGGGCAUCAUCACGAACACGGGCACAAAAAGGGCGGACAUCACAAGGGUGGACACCACAAGAGCGGGCACCACGAAGACCACUACGGAAAGAAGGGACAUCACGAAAAAGGAUCUCAUUACCACGAUCACAAGGGACACAAGGGCGCCGGAGGACACGACGAACACCACAGCCAUCAUUCGGGAUACGGAAAGAAAGGGGGUCACGAGGACCACAAAAAAUGGGCAUUCAAAAAGGGACAUUAAAUCGAAAUGAUUCGAUGAACCCGAGAUACCACCGGCUGGUUAUACGACGCUGAAAUGCGUCGGUUUGUUGAUUUAAUUGUUAAUAGUAAUUUACCGUUAUUGUUGACCUAUUUAUAGAAAAAUAAUAAAAGAAUUACGUUACCCUUA